AUGCAGACUUUUGGUCAACUAGCAAUUGAUUUAGAUUCACAAGACAGUAAAACAUUCAUCACAGAUUUAGAAUUAACACCUCGUAAUGUUACCAAUAAUUUUAAAGGCGACAUGAUUACACAAUCUGACAUUGUUGGAAAAAAGGAUAGUAAAGAUAUAGAUUCUUAUUGUAGAUCUAUUCACUCCUGCUAUGAUUGUGUAAAAAGCGAAUUAUAUCCAUGUGGAUGGUGCCAUGAUUUCGGUUGCACUGGCAAACCACACAAUCUCUGCCCCAAAACAAAGGACGCAUCGAAUGACAACAGACACAGAGGUGUGUCAAGCUGCCCUUACAUACAACAUGAUGGAGACAUCUUCAUCCCAGCUGGAAUACGAACAAAUCUUAAAGUAAAACUACAUAUCCUGGACCCGAUUAUCUACAGAAAGAGUAUAAUAUGCCAAAUUCGAUUGAAAGACAGGAUCACGCAACUGAAAGGGUUCAUUGUAUCGAAUUUUGUUUACUGCUAUCCAUUUAUCAUAGAUGAGAUUGGUCUGAGUAAAUAUACAGGAACGUUCAAGCUGAUCUGGGGCGGUGUGAAUCCUUAUUCCAACGAAAUACCUGUAUCGGUUUAUAAAUGCGAAAAGUUAGCCAAGAGCUGUGGUUCCUGUACAUCGCUACGUCCCGAGUACGGCUGCGGUUGGUGUGAAGACACACACAAAUGUGUUGUGAGUGAUAAAUGCGAAGGGAACAUCAUUAAAUUGAUCGUUAACGAAACUUCUUGCUUUGUUCAUGAGGUGAAAUUGUUUCAUAAAUAUAACCGCGGUGGUAAGAAUAAAACUGCUAAAAAGAUUAUUUAG